CAACAACAAGUGAACUGAGAAUGGAUAUAACAUUUGGGGAUUUUAUUUAGCCACGGAAAACAUUGCGCUUUUUGCAAAUAUGUUUUUCGGAACUAGAGAGCAGUCAUUCAAAACAGUCCCCACAACGCAAAGCAAAAACUGAAACGAGGUUUAAACUGUUUUCUCUUGUGCUGUUGUCGCAAGACAGUUCAACCGGUAACUUGGAGCUAGCUUAGCAAGUUAACUUUAACGUUACUGUCAAAAGUGGAAUAUCUACCUCUCGUUAUCCUCCUUGCGUUACUUACGUAUUUGGAUAGUAGUUGUUCUGUCGGAUAGAUAUAUUUAAUUAUACUCGGUAGUUCUGCAUUAGUACUUUUGUAGGAGACGAAUUCGACUACGUUUGUCCAAUAUGGUUCUACAAAACAGUGGAAGAUUCAAAGCUGAUAGAGGAGGAGGGGACCAAGAAAACCAACAGGAUGACAUGUCCGGGCAGUCAGCCGCCAAGCGGCUGGAGCGCAGUCAGUUCACCGAUGAGAUGGAUGCGCGCUUCGGCUUCGAAAGGAUGAAAGAUCCUGGGGAGAAAACGGGCUGGUUGAUAAAUAUGCACCCGACAGAAAUACUGGAUGAUGACAAAAGGCUGAUAAGUGCUGUGGACUAUUACUUCAUCCAGGACGAUGGAAGAAGGUUUAAGGUGGCUCUUCCAUUUAAGCCAUACUUCUAUGUUGCUACCAGAAAGAAUUGUGAGCGAGAGGUCAUUUCAUACCUGUCAAAGAAGUUUCAGGGCAAAGUGGCUAAGCUGGAAGUCUGCCCCAAAGAAGACCUGGACCUGGCAAACCAUCUGGUGGGACUGAAGAGAAAUUACGUCAAGCUGUCCUUCAACACAGUGGAUGAUCUUAUCAAGGUCAAACGGGAGAUUGCCCCUGCUGUUCGUAAGAACCGAGAAAGAGAGAAGUCCAAUGAAACCUAUACAAGCAUGCUGUCGAGUGCGUUGGUUGGAGGAAACGUCGCCGCAGGAGAUGAGGACGGCCCAUCCAAAAAGAUGGCAGAUCAGUUGGACAACAUAGUGGACAUGAGAGAGUAUGACGUGCCCUACCAUGUCCGCUUAUCCAUUGACCUGCAAAUCCACGUGGCUCAUUGGUACAACGUCCGGUACCGUGGCAGUGCCUAUCCUCCUGAGAUUGUAAGAAGGGAUGACCUUGUGGAGCGACCGGAUCCAGUUGUGCUGGCGUUUGAUAUAGAGACGACCAAGCUGCCCCUCAAGUUCCCUGAUGCUGAGUCGGAUCAGAUCAUGAUGAUCUCAUACAUGAUUGAUGGACAGGGUUUUCUCAUUACAAACAGAGAAAUAGUCUCUGAGGACAUUGAGGAUUUUGAGUUCACCCCCAAACCAGAGUACGAGGGACCGUUUACAGUGUUCAAUGAGCCAGACGAGGCGGCGCUUCUCCAGCGUUUUUUUGAACACGUCCACGAGACGCAGCCCAACAUCUUUGUCACGUACAACGGGGACUUCUUCGACUGGCCCUUUGUGGAGACGCGCGCAGCUCAGCAUGGCCUGAACAUGUACAAGGAGAUCGGCUUUCAGAAGGACGGCCAGGGGGAGUACAAGUCCAGCCAGGCCAUUCACAUGGACUGUUUCAGGUGGGUGAAGAGAGACAGCUACCUGCCCGUGGGGAGUCACAACCUGAAGGCCGCGGCGAAGGCCAAGCUGAGUUACGACCCGGUGGAGCUGGACCCUGAGGAGAUGUGUCGCAUGGCCACCGAGGAGCCACAGACACUGGCCACUUACUCGGUGUCCGACGCAGUGGCCACAUAUUACCUCUACAUGAAGUACGUCCACCCCUUCAUCUUCGCUUUGUGCACCAUCAUUCCAAUGGAGCCGGACGAGGUUUUACGUAAAGGCUCUGGCACAUUGUGUGAGGCUCUACUGAUGGUCCAGGCCUUCCACGCCAACAUAGUCUUCCCCAACAAGCAGGAGCAGGUGUUUAACAAGCUGACCAGCGAUGGUCACGUGAUGGACUCGGAGACCUAUGUGGGCGGCCACGUGGAGGCCCUGGAGUCUGGGGUCUUCCGUAGUGACAUCCCCUGCCGCUUCAAAAUGAACCCCGCUGCUUUUGACUUCCUCCUUCAGAUGGUUGAGAGAACUAUACGUCAUGCCAUUGAGGAAGAGGAGAAUAUUCCGCUGGACCAAGUUACAAACUUCAAUGAGGUCUGUGAUGAGAUCAAAAAGAAGCUGAUCUCGCUGAAGGAGGUGCCCAACAGAAUUGAAUGUCCUCUCAUCUACCAUCUUGAUGUGGGGGCUAUGUACCCCAACAUCAUCCUGACAAAUCGCCUGCAGCCCUCUGCCAUGGUGGACGAGGCCAUCUGCGCUGCCUGUGACUUUAACAAGCCAGGGGCCAACUGUCAGAGGAGGAUGACCUGGCACUGGAGAGGGGAGAUCAUGCCUGCGAGUCGCAGUGAGUUUCAUCGCAUCCAACAGCAGCUGGAGUCCGAGAAGUUUCCUCCUUUCUUCCCCAACGGCCGCCCGCGGGCCUUCCACCAGCUCGACAGAGAGGAGCAGGCUCGCCACGAGAAGAAACGUCUUGCCGAUUACUGUAGGAGGGCUUAUAAGAAGGUGCAUGUCACAAAGCUGGAGGCGAGAGUCACCACGAUCUGCCAGAGGGAGAACUCGUUCUAUGUGGACACCGUCCGAGCCUUCAGAGAUCGCCGUUAUGAGUUCAAGGGCUUGCAUAAGGUGUGGAAGAAGAAGCUGUCUCAGGCUCAGGACGCUGGCGAUGCUGCCGAGGUCAAGCGCUGCAAGAACAUGGAGAUCCUGUACGAGUCCCUGCAGCUGGCCCACAAGUGCAUCCUCAACUCCUUCUAUGGCUACGUCAUGAGGAAAGGAGCUCGCUGGUACUCCAUGGAGAUGGCAGGAAUUGUGUGCUACACAGGAGCUAACAUCAUCACCCAAGCCAGGGAGCUCAUUGAACAGAUUGGGAGACCUUUGGAGUUGGACACGGAUGGAAUUUGGUGUGUUCUACCCAACUCUUUUCCUGAGAACUUUGUCAUCAAAUCGACCAAUGAGAAGAAGCCCAAAGUCACCAUCUCUUACCCGGGAGCCAUGCUUAACAUCAUGGUUAAGGAGGGCUUUACCAAUCACCAGUACCAGGAGCUGGUGGACCCGGCCAACCUGACCUACGAGACGCGCGCUGAGAACAGCAUCUUCUUUGAGGUGGACGGGCCUUACCUGGCCAUGAUACUGCCCGCCUCCAAAGAAGAGGGCAAGAAGCUGAAGAAGAGGUACGCCGUGUUUAACGAGGACGGCUCUCUGGCCGAGCUGAAGGGCUUCGAGGUGAAGCGCAGGGGAGAGCUGCAGCUCAUCAAGAUCUUCCAGUCGUCCGUGUUCGAGGCCUUCCUCAAGGGCACCACGCUGGAGGAGGUCUACGCCUCCGUGGCCAAAGUGGCCGACUACUGGCUGGACGUGCUCUACAGCAAGGCUGCCAACAUGCCGGACACUGAGCUGUUUGAGCUCAUCGCGGAGAACCGCUCCAUGUCCCGUAAGCUGGAGGACUACGGCGAGCAGAAGUCCACCUCCAUCAGCACGGCCAAGCGCCUGGCGGAGUUCCUGGGGGACCAGAUGGUGAAGGACGCAGGGCUGAGUUGCCGUUACGUUAUCUCGCGCAAACCCGAAGGCUCGCCCGUCACCGAGAGGGCCAUACCUUUGGCUAUCUUCCAGGCAGAACCUUCAGUCAAAAAGCAUUUCCUGCGCAAAUGGCUGAAGAUGCCCAGUCUUCAUGAACUGGACAUUAGAUCUAUCAUUGACUGGAACUACUACAUUGAGCGUCUGGGCAGUGCCAUCCAGAAGAUCAUCACCAUCCCGGCGGCACUGCAGCAGGUGAAGAACCCUGUGCCCAGGGUGCGCCACCCCGACUGGCUGCACAAGAAGCUGCUGGAGAAGAACGACAUCUUCAAGCAGAAGAAGAUCAGCGAGCUCUUCACCAGCGAGGGAAAGAGACAGGUGGCCCAGACGCUGGAGCCCGGGGAGGCGGCGGACAUCGAGGACUUUGGGAAGCCUCCGCGGCCGCUGCAGCCGGCCAUCCUCAUCAGCACCAAGCGCAAGCGCGCGUCCCAGGGGGAGGAGAGCCAGGCGGAGUCCCAGGAGAUGGAGCUCACGCAGUCCUGGAGGGAGAUCCUCGGCCCGCCGCCCCCCAAGGGGCCCUCCAAGGAGGAGCUGCUGGUGUGGCUGCGCUACCACAAGAAGAAGUGGGAGCUGCAGCUGCGCCAGAGGAAGGAGCGGCGCAAGAAGCGGCGGCUGGUGGACGGCGACUCCACACCAGCAGGGGGCGGCGUCAUCCGGGACGGCCCCACCACCGCGCUGGGCACCUUCCUGCGCAAGACCGCCCGCAGCAUGCUGGACAUGCCCUGGCAGAUCAUACAGAUUGCUGAGACCAGUCACCCAGGCCUGUUCAAGCUGUGGGCAGUGAUAGGCAGUGACCUCCACUGCAUGAAGCUCACCAUCCCCAGAGUCUUCUACGUCAACCAGAAGAUCCCUAAGCAGGACGAGGGACCCACAUACAGAAAGGUGAACCGGAUCCUCCCCCGCUCCAAUGUGGUGUACUACCUCUACCAGUACACGGUACCUGAGGACAUGUACCAGGAGCACAUCAACGAGAUCAACGCCGACCUCUCCGCUCCUGACAUCGAGGGAGUGUACGAGACCCAGGUUCCCCUGCUGUUCAGAGCGCUGGUGCAGCUGGGCUGUAUGUGCAUGGUCAACAAGCAGGCCGUGCGUGACAUGGCAGGCCGAGAGGCCGACACGUUUGACCUUGAACACCUGGAGAUGAGAUCACUGGCUCAGUUCAGUUACCUGGAACCUGGCAGCGUGCGUCACAUCUACCUGUACCACCACAGCCAAGGACACAAGGCGCUGUUCGGCCUCUUCAUUCCGUCUCAACGCAAGGCCAGCGUGUUUGUGCUCGACACGGUGCGCAGUAACCAGAUGCCCAACCUGAGCACUCUGUACGGGGCGGAGCGCACCGCUCUGCUGGAGAAGACCAGCGAGGACCUGCUGCCGCCAGAGAAGCACCAGUUCGAGGUGCGCGCCGAGAACGACCCAAAGGCCAUCUACAGAGCUGUGCAGCGCAUCCUCCUCAACUACAAGGAGGAGCGGCGUGGCCCCACCCUGAUCGCGGUGCAGUCCAACUGGGAGCUGCGGCGGCUGGCGGCGGGCAUGGCGGUGCUGGAGGAGUUCCCGGUGGUGCCGGUGCACGUGGUGGACGAGAUCAGCUACAGCGUGCUGGACUGGCAGCGCCACGGCGCCCGCCGCAUGAUCAGACACUACCUCAACCUCGACAGCUGCCUCUCGCAGGCCUUCGACAUGGCACGGUACUACCACCUGCCUGUGGGCAACCUGCCACAGGACGUGUCCAUCUUCGGCUCGGACCUGUUCCUGGCGCGCCACCUGCGCAAGCACAACCACCUACUGUGGCUCUCGCCCACGACCCGGCCCGACCUGGGGGGCAAGGAGGCCGACGACAGCAGGCUGGUGAUGGAGAGCGACGACCGCGCCUCGGUGGAGAUCAACAGCCAGGGCUGCUACUCUACAGUGUGUGUGGAGCUGGACAUUCAGAGUCUGGCGGUCAACACCAUUCUGCAGUCCCAGCACGUCAACGACAUGGAGGGCGGGGCCAGCAUGGGCGUCAGCUUCGACGUCAUCCAGCACGCCUCCCUGGAGGAGAUGAUGUCGGGCAACCAGGCCGCCCCCGCCGUGGCCAGCUAUGACGAGACGGCGCUCUGCUCCAACACCUUCAGGAUCCUGAAGAGCAUGGUUGUUGGCUGGGUGCGUGAGAUCACACAGUACCACAACGUCUACGCAGAUAACCAGGUGAUGCACUUCUACCGCUGGCUGCGAUCGCCCAACUCUCUGCUCUACGACCCGGCCCUGCACCGCACCCUGAACAACAUGAUGAAGAAGAUCUUCCUGCAAUUGGUUGCGGAGUUCAAGCGGCUUGGCUCCUCUGUAGUCUACGGCAACUUCAAUCGGAUCAUCCUCUGCACCAAAAAACGGCGCAUUGACGACGCCAUCGCUUAUGUGGAGUACAUCACCAACAGCAUUCACUCCCGGGAGAUCUUCCACUCCCUCUCGCUCACCUUCUCGCGCUGCUGGGAGUUCCUGCUGUGGAUGGAUCCAGCCAACCAUGGAGGGGUGAAGGGCAAGCUGCCCUCCAGCAUCCUCUGCGGAGAGGAUGGUGGUGGUAAGAAGAAAAAGGAAAAAGCGGAGGGGGAGGAGGAAGGAAGUGAGGAAGAGGAGGAGGAGGAGGAUGAAGAGGAGGUGGGUGAUGGGGAAGAGGAUGUUGAGGACCUGAUUGAGAGCAACUGGAACAUCAUGCAGUAUCUCCCCCAAACGGCAUCCUGUCAGAAGUACUACCUGAUGAUCAUCUCGGCCUAUAUUGCAGCUGUCUAUCACAGCAUGAGGGAGGAGCUUCGGCGGAACGCUCCCGGGACCACGCCCAUCAAGAGGCGCGGUGGAAGCCAGGCCUCUCAGCAGGCAGCAGGGGACAGCAACUCCCUACCUGGCAUGAUCAGCUUCUCUCAGGAGUACGUCUCCGGCGAGCUGACCCAGAACUUCUUCACCAUCACCCAGAAGAUCCAGAAGAAGGUGAUGGGCACGCGCAACAUGACCCUGCCCUCCGAGAUGUUCCCCGUCCUGCCCGGCUCCCACCUGCCCCUCAACAACCCCGCCCUGGAGUUCAUCAAAUACGUCUGCCAGGUGCUGUCGUUGGAUGGCAACAUCGUGAACCAGGUGAACAAGCUGAAGCGAGACCUGCUGAGGCUGGUGGACGUGGGCGAGUUCUCCGACGACGCCCAGUUCCGUGACCCGUGCCACUCGUACGUCCUGCCAGAGGUCAUCUGCCACCACUGCAACUUCUGCCGUGACCUUGACCUGUGCAAGGACCCCUCCAUGGCACAGGAUGGCAGUGUUCUGCCACAGUGGUUCUGCUCCAACUGCCAGGCCCAGUACGAGACGGACUCCAUCGAGAUGGCGCUGGUGGAGGCCCUGCAGAAGAAGCUGAUGAGCUUCACCCUGCAGGACCUGGAGUGUGCCAAGUGCAAAGGAGUGAAGGAGGCCAACAUGCCUCUGUACUGCCGCUGCGCUGGCGAUUUCAAACUCACUUUCUCAACCAAGAGCUUCUCCGAGCAGAUAAGAGUGUUCCGGAACAUUGCGGAUCAUUACAAGAUGGGCUUCCUGCAGGAGACCAUCGACUGGCUGCUUCUCAUGAGCCCCCAGUUGGCCUAAUGUGACAAAAUCCCUAAUAAUAGUCAUGUUAAAGGGAUGGUCCGAACCAUCCUUUUAAUAUUGAGCACACAUCGGUGUCUUGUUCUGCAGAUGGUGUUGUUCUGCAGAUGGUGUUGUUCUGUAAGCUGUAAAUAUGACAACAUGGAGAAAUUGUACAUAAUGAGCGAGUGAAACGGUGAACAGCAUUUGUGAAAACAUGAAAACAGUUUUAUUAUGGGGAUCUCUGAGAUGAAUGAUGGACAUUUUGGUGUUUUUUGUGUUUUUUUGGUAAUAAAUAUUGUCUUUUAUAUUUA